UCACCACCCUUCAGCAUGGAUACCCUGAUAGCCUGGGCUGUCACUAACCCAGCUGUGGCCCGGCUCCUCUGGGUCCUAGUUCUGGUGCUGGCCACCCUCCUGGUCUGGCUCUUCUUCUUCUGCUGCUACAGCUGGAACCAGAGAUCCUCGCCCUCCUUGGAGAGGUACCUGGCAGUGACGGCAAAGCGCUCCAAAUCUAAAGCUCCAACUCAGAGGAAGAAAAAGCCCAAAGAGAAGCCAGUUGCUUCCGUCCAGUCAGAGGAAGUUGCGGUGAAGGAGUCUGUGGCCCUGGGACAGGAGCCACCGUGUCCGGCAGUGAGGAAAAGGAAGAGACGCCCACUUAAAGGCAGGAUGGAAACUGUGACUGGAGGGAGAUCACAGAAGACUAUGGAGGAGGUGAAGGACAAGCCCAAGAGGAGGCCUCUGGUCAGGGCUGCGUCGGAGGAGAGCUCCAGUGAUCUGAGUUCAAUAAGUUACUCUCCGUCCCCUGGAGACACGCUACCCUGGAACCUGCCCAAACACCACCGCAUCAAGCGCUCCAAGUCAGCCUCUGGAGAUGUGCUGGACCCAGCAGAGAGGGCUGUCAUCCGCAUCGCAGAUGAACGGGACCGAGUUCAGAAAAAGACCUUCACAAAAUGGGUCAACAAGCACCUGAUGAAGGCCCAGAGACAUAUCACUGACCUGUACGAGGACCUCAGAGAUGGACACAACCUCAUCUCCCUGCUGGAGGUGCUCUCUGGAGAGACACUGCCACGGGAGAAAGGCCGGAUGCGCUUCCACAAGCUGCAGAACGUACAGAUCGCCCUGGACUUUCUCAAACACAGACAGGUCAAACUGGUCAACAUCAGAAACGACGACAUUGCAGAUGGAAACCCCAAGCUGACCCUGGGGCUGAUAUGGACCAUCAUCCUUCACUUCCAGAUCUCAGACAUUCAGGUGAACGGCCAGUCUGACGACAUGACGGCCAAAGAGAAGUUGUUGCUUUGGUCUCAGAGGAUGGUGGAGGGAUACCAGGGCCUGCGCUGCGACAACUUCACCACCAGCUGGAGGGAUGGAAAGCUCUUCAACGCCAUCAUACACAAAUACAGGCCCACUCUGAUUGACAUGAGUCAAGUGUACCGACAGAGCAACCAGGAGAAUCUGGAGCAGGCCUUCAGCGUGGCAGAGAGAGACCUGGGCGUCACCCGACUGCUGGACCCAGAGGAUGUUGAUGUGACCCAUCCGGAUGAGAAAUCCAUCAUCACAUAUGUCUCCUCUCUGUACGAUGUCAUGCCCAGAGUACCAGACAUUCAGGAUGGUGUCAAAGCCAACGAGCUGGAGCUGCGUUGGCAGGAGUAUUACGAGCUGGUCACCAUGCUGCUUCAGUGGAUCAGGCACCACAUCCUCGUCUUUGAGGAGAGGAAGUUCCCCACCAGCUAUGAGGAGAUUGAGGUUCUCUGGCGUCAGUUUCUGAAAUUUAAAGAAACAGAGCUCCCUGCAAAAGAGGCAGAUAAGAACCGCUCCAAACACAUCUUCAAGUCUUUUGAGGGUGCAGUUCAGGCAGGCCAUGUCAAAGUGCCGCCAGGUUACCAUCCAUUUGAUGUGGAGAAGGAAUGGGGUCGUCUGCACAUCGCCAUACUGGAGAGAGAGCGUCUCCUCAGAACAGAAUUUGAAAGACUGGAGCGACUUCAGAGGAUCGUCAGUAAGGUCCAGAUGGAGUCGGGGGUGUGUGAGGAGCAGCUCAACCAGGUGGAGACUCUGCUGCAGACGGAUGUGAGGAUGCUGAGCUCGGGGAAACCUGCUCAGCACACAGCAGAGAUGGAGGCAGAUCUGGAAAAAGCGGAAGGAAUGAUCCGCUUCCUCUUCAACGACGUUCAGCUGCUCAAAGAUGGACGCCACCUUCAAGCUGAGCAGAUGUAUCGCAGAGUGUAUCGUCUCCAUGAGAGGCUGGUGAACCUCCGUAGCGAGUACAACCUGCGCCUCAAGUCAGGUGUGACCGCCACACAGAUCCCCAUGACUCAGAUCCACAGCGUCCAGGUCCUGCAGCAGGCCCCCGUGAGGUUGCGGCCUGAACUGGAUGAAGUCACCCUGCAUUACAUUCAAGAUCUGCUGGGCUGGGUGGAGGAGAACCAGCGCCGGGUGGAUGAUGGGGAGUGGGGCUCCGACCUGCCCGCUGUCGAGUGCCAGCUGGGCAGCCACCGUGGCCUGCACCAGUCCGUGGAGGAGUUCCGCUCCAAGAUUGAGAGGGCAAAGGCUGAUGAGAGUCAGAUCUCACCUGCCAGUAAAGCUGCCUACCGUGACUAUCUGGGAAAACUGGAACUGCAGUACGGCAAGCUCCUGAACGCCUCUAAGGCCCGACUGCAGUACCUGGACCAGCUUCACGCCUUCGUCACUGCAGCCACCAAAGAGCUGAUGUGGCUGAAUGAGAAGGAGGAGGAGGAGGUCAACUACGACUGGAGUGAACGAAACACCAACAUGGCAGCCAAGAAAGAAAACUACUCGGGUUUAAUGAGAGAGUUGGAGCUCAGGGAGAAGAAGAUGAACAAUGUCCAGGCCACAGGAGACAAACUGCUGAGGGACGGACACCCUGCCAGGCAGACUGUAGAGGCCUUCACUGGAGCUCUGCAGACUCAGUGGAGUUGGAUCCUCCAGCUGUGCUGCUGCAUCGAAACCCACCUUAAAGAAAAUACUGCCUACUUUCAGUUUUUCUCUGAUGUGAAGGAGGCGGAGGAGAAGAUCAAAAAGAUGCAAGAGACAAUGAAGAGGAAGUACACCUGCGACCGCUCCAUCACAGUCACACGGCUGGAAGAUCUACUGCAGGACGCAGCUGAUGAGAAAGAACAACUGACUGAGUUCAAAACUCACCUGGAGGGCCUGAAGCGAAGGGCCAAGACCAUCGUCCAGCUAAAACCACGUAACCCUGCUACAGCAAUAAAGAGCAAACUGCCCAUCCAGGCCGUCUGCGACUUCAAACAGAUGGAGAUCACAGUCCACAGAGGAGAUGAAUGCGCUCUGUUGAACAACUCGCAGCCUUUCAAGUGGAGGGUGCUGAAUGAUAAAGGCAGCGAGGCGUCUGUGCCGUCCAUCUGCUUCCUGGUUCCACCCACCAAUAAGGACGCUGUGAACAGUGUUGCUGGACUGGAUGGAAACCUCCAGAGGCUGCACACAAUGUGGCAGACGAUGUUUGUGGACAUGAAGAGCCUGCUGUCCUGGCAGUACCUGAUGAGAGACAUCCACAUGAUCAAAACAUGGAACAUCACCAUGUUUAAGACCAUGAGGGUGGAAGAGUACCGACUGGCACUGAGGAACCUGGAGCUACACUACCAGGACUUCUUGAGAGACAGCCAGGACUCUCAGAUGUUCGGGGCCGAGGACCGAAUGCAGGUGGAGUCCAACUACAACAGAGCCACCCAGCACUACAACACUAUGGUCAGCUCUGCAGAGCAAGGCUAUGUGCCACCCAGGGCAGGAGAGCAAGAUGAGUCUGUGUGCAAGACUUACCUGACGCAGAUCAAGGACCUUCGUCUGAAGCUGGAAGGUUGCGAGAAUCGAACAGUAACACGCCUCCGCCAGCCUGUGGACAAGGAGCCACUCAAGGCCUGCGCCGCGAAGACUGCAGAGCAAAUGAAAGUCCAGUCCGAGUUGGAGGGCUUAAAGAAAGACUUGAACUCCAUCACUGAGAAGACUGAGGAGAUUCUGGCGUCUCCUCAGCAGUCCAGCUCUGCCCCAAUGCUGCGCUCCGAACUGGACAUCACACUGAAGAAGAUGGAUCAUGUCUAUGGCCUCUCGUCCGUCUACCUGGACAAGCUGAAGACCAUUGAUGUUGUGAUCAGAAACACUAAAGAUGCAGAAGACACACUGAAGAACUAUGAGACUCGUCUGCGUGAUGUUAGCAAGGUGCCAGCUGAAGAGAAGGAGGUGGAGGACCAUCGUAGUCAGCUGAAGUCGAUGCAUGCUGAAGCAGAGGCCGACCAGGUGGUAUUUGACCGCCUGCAGGAUGAGCUCAAGAGGGCAACAGCUAUCAAUGACAAGAUGACAAGGAUCCACAGCGAGCGUGACGCUGAGCUGGAGCAUUACCGCCAGCUGGUCUACAGCCUCCUGGAGCGCUGGCAGGCGGUGUUUGCCCAGAUCGACCUGAGGCGGCGGGAGCUGAACCUCCUCGGGCGCAACAUGAACUCCUACAGUGAAAGCUAUGAGUGGCUCAUCCGCUGGCUGGGAGAAGCGAGACAGAGGCAGGAGAAACUUCAAGCUGUGCCUAUUGGCGACAGCAAGGCUCUCAAGGAGCAACUGGCAGAGGAGAAGAAACUCCUGGAAGAAAUUGAAAAAAACAAGGACAAGAUUGAAAGUUGCCAGAAAAAUGCAAAGGCUUAUAUUGAUUCAGUCAAGGAUUACGAGCUCCAAAUUUUGACUUACAAAGCCCUCCAAGAUCCCAUAGCAUCUCCUUUAAAGAAAGCCAAAAUGGAGUGUGCAUCUGAUAAUAUCAUUCAGGAGUAUGUUACUCUGAGAACCCGCUAUAGUGAGCUGUUGACGCUCACCAGCCAGUACAUUAAGUUCAUCACAGAAACACAGCGCCGCCUGGAGGAUGAUGAGAAGGCUUCUGAAAAACUAAAAGAAGAGGAGAGGAAAAGGAUGGCAGAGAUACAAGCUGAGUUAGAUAAACAGAAACAGUUGGCUGAGGCUCAUGCUAAAUCUGUGGCCAAAGCAGAGCAAGAAGCCCAGGAGCUGAAGUUGAAGAUGAAGGAAGAAGCCAGCAGGAGGCAAGAUGUUGCAGUGGAUGCUGAGAAACAGAAGCAAAAUAUACAGCAGGAGCUGCAUCAUCUGAAGAGUCUGUCUGAGCAGGAGAUCAAAUCAAAGGGUCAACAGCUGGAAGAGGCCCUACUCAGUCGUACCAAAAUUGAGGAAGAAAUCCACAUAAUUAGAGUCCAGUUAGAGACGACAAUAAAACAGAAGACCACAGCUGAGAACGAGUUACAGACGCUCAGAGACAAGGCUGCUGAGGCUGAGAAGCUCAGGAAAACUGCUCAGGAGGAGGCAGAAAGGCUUCGCAAGCAGGUCGCUGAAGAGACUCAGAAAAAGAAAAAUGCAGAGGAUGAACUGAAACGUAAAUCUGAGGCAGAAAAAGAGGCUGCCAAGCAGAAGCAGAAAGCAAUGGAUGACUUGCAGAAAUUCAAAAUGCAAGCUGAGGAGGCAGAAAGGCGCAUGAAACAGGCUGAGGAGGAGAAACUGAGGCAGAUCAAGGUUGUAGAGGAGGUGGCACAAAAGUCUGCUGCCACCCAGUUGCAAACCAAAUCCAUGUCAUUCAAUGAAAAGGCAACAAAACUAGAGGAAUCCCUUAAGAAAGAGCAGGGUACUGUCCUUCUGUUGCAGGAGGAAGCUGAAAAACUCAGGAAACAACAAGAGGAAGCUAACAAAGCCAGGGAGCAAGCAGAGAAAGAGCUUGAAACAUGGAGACAGAAAGCCAAUGAGGCUCUCCGCUUGAGGCUACAAGCUGAAGAGGAAGCUCAAAAGAAGAGCCAGGCUCAAGAGGAAGCAGAGAGGCAGAAAGUUGAGGCAGAGCGGGAUGCCAAGAAAAGGGCAAAAGCUGAAGAUGCUGCUCUUAAACAGAAGGAGAAUGCAGAGAAAGAGUUGGAAAAACAGAGGAAAUUUGCAGAACAAAUAGCCCAGCAUAAGUUGUCUGCAGAGCAGGAAUGCAUCCGACUAAAGGCUGACUUUGAACAUGCUGAACAACAGAGGGGCCUGUUGGAUAAUGAGCUCCAGCGUCUAAAAAAUGAGGUGAAUGCUGCUGAAAACCAGAGGAAACAAUUGGAAGAUGAACUGGCUAAAGUCAGAAGCGAAAUGGACGCUCUUCUGCAGAUGAAGAUUCAAGCAGAGAAGCAGACGCUGUCGAACACUGAAAAGAGCAAGCAGCUUCUUGAGUCUGAAGCAUUGAAAAUGAAACAACUUGCUGAGGAAGCAACUAGACUGAGAUCAGUUGCUGAAGAGGCUAAGAAGCAGAGGCAGAUUGCAGAGGAUGAGGCAGCACAGCAGAGAGCCGAGGCUGAAAAAAUACUUAAAGAAAAACUGUCUGCCAUCAACGAGGCGACUCGUCUGAAGACUGAGGCUGAGAUCGCUCUGAAAGCUAAAGAAGCUGAAAAUGAAAGACUGAAAAGAAAAGCUGAGGAUGAAGCUUAUCAGAGAAAGCUGCUGGAGGAUCAAGCUGCUCAGCAUAAACAAGACAUAGAAGAGAAAAUCACACACCUGAAGACCUCAUCUGAUUCUGAGUUAGAGAGACAAAAAACGAUUGUGGAAGAAACUCUGAGGCAAAAGAAGGUUGUUGAAGAAGAAAUUCACAUCAUUAAGAUCAACUUUGAGAGAGCAUCAAAAGACAGGUCAGAUUUGGAGAUUGAAUUAAAGAAACUGAAGAGUAUUGCAGAGGAGACACAGAAGAGCAAACUCAAAGCUGAAGAAGAGGCUGAGAAGCUGAAAAAGGUUGCUGCAGAGGAAGAGAAGAAAAGGAAAGAAUCUGAAGAGAAGGUGAAGAGGAUUACUGCAGCAGAAGAAGAGGCAGCACGACAGUGCAAAGCUGCUCAGGAGGAAGUUGAACGCCUCAAAAAGAAAGCUGCUGAUGCAAGAAGACGUUUUCAAAGCUCCACGACUCUGACCAAAGAAGUCAAGGUACCUUUGGGCUUCAUCCAGGAUUUUGGAAAGGCCAAGAUGGACUCUCUCAGUCAAGACACUGAGAUGAAGAAAAAUGGCUACACAGAAGUCCACGGACCUGUGGCUGGCAUAUUUCUGGAAAAAACAAAGGAGAAGAUUACCAUAUAUCAAGCCAUGAAGAAACGUCUGCUUAAGCCAGGAACAGCAUUAGCCCUGCUUGAAGCACAAGCGGCCACAGUUGGCAUUGUAGACCCGAUAAACAAUCGAAAACUUCCUGUUGCAGAUGCUGUUAAAGAGGGUAUAGUUGGACCGGAGAUGAAAGAGAAACUCCUCACUGCAGAGAAAGCCAUCUGUGGCUAUGUAGAUCCCUACACCAACCAAAUGAUAUCUGUAUUCCAAGCUAUGCAAAAAGAUUUAGUCCCAAGAGAUUAUGGAUUGAGGCUGCUGGAAGCACAGAUAGCCACACAAGGCCUGUUUGAUCCUGUUGAGAAGACAAACAUUUCAGUUGAAUCAGCGAUUCAAAAGGGCUACUUUGAAAAAGGUAUUCUCAAUAACCAGAUGUCAGAGCUCAAAGUGUUCUACAAUCCAAGCUCACAAGAAAAUCUCAACUACCAAAGUCUCUUAGAGAAGUGCACUGUGGAACCUGACACAGGCCUGGUGCUUCUUCCUGUUUGCAUUACCUUCAAAGGUCUGCGAAGAGGUAUUUCCUCUACUGCACUCCUUGAAUCAAAGAUCAUCAAUAAAGAAACAUUUGAUGACCUGCAGACGGGAAAGACCACAACACAGGAUGUGAUGCUGAUGGAAACAGUGAAAGAAUACCUGGAGGGCAAAGGCAGUAUUGCAGGCAUUGCUGUAUUAUCGUCAAAUCAGAGAAUUAGCAUUUAUCAAGCCAUGAAGCAAGGCAUACUGAUGCCUGGAACAGCACUAGUGCUACUGGAGGCACAAGCUGCAACUGGAUUCAUGAUUGAUCCUGUAGGAAAUAAAAAGCUCACUGUGGAUGAGGCCAUCAAAAACAAACUUUUUGGCCCAGAAUAUCAUGCAAAGCUGCGUGCUGCUGAGCGAGCAGUAACUGGAUACAAAGAUCCAUACUCAGGUGAAACUAUAUCCCUGUUUCAAGCACUAUCAAAAGAGCUCAUAGUUAAGGAACAUGGGAUCCGCCUACUUGAGGCACAAAUCGCUACAGGCGGAAUAAUAGAUCCAAUCAACAGUCACAGACUUCCCAUAGAAGUGGCCUUCAAGAGAGGUUAUUUUAAUGAGGAAAUGAACACCAUACUAGAGGAUUCAGGUGAUGACACAAAAGGAUUUUUUGACCCAAACACAGAAGAGAAUCUAACUUAUCUUCAGCUGAUGGAAAGGUGCGUCAUUGAUCCCAUCACUGGACUGUGCCUCCUCCCACUCCUUGAUAAGUCAAAAAGGCACAAUUUUAACUUUAUUGACUACCAAACUAAAAUGGCCUUCAAAGAGGAGAAUGUGAAAGUGACAUGUGGUAAGUACAUGGGAAUGACUGUAUCUCUGUGGGAACUCCUGAUGUCUGAGUACUUUGAUGAACAUCAGAGGACAGACAUCAUUCAAAAAUACAAAGAAGGGAAGCUAAACAUCAAGAUGAUCAUCACAAUGGUUCUGGAAGUCAUAGAAACAUUUGUGAAAACAACUCCAGUCAUUUUUGAAGGCAUCAGAGAUACUGUCACAGCCAAACAGCUUGUGGAGGCAGAUAUUAUUAGUAAGGAGGUCCUGGAGGAUCUGGAAAAGGGAAAAAAGACAGCAAAGGAUGUGAUAAAUGAUGAAAAUGUGAACAUGUACCUACAGGGUAAAGACAGCAUUGCAGGUAUUCUGCUUCCUGAUUCUCAAAUCAUGACCAUCUACCAGGCCAAACAAAAAGGAAAGUUGAUGCCAGGAACUGCUCUGAUUCUACUGGAGGCACAGGCAGCAACUGGGUUUAUUAUUGACCCCAUUGGAAACAGGAAGUUUUCUGUAGAUGAUGCUGUCAAAGCAAAGAUUGUUGGCCCUGAUGUCUGCCAAAAGCUGCGCUCAGCAGAGAAAGCUGUAACUGGGUACAAAGAUCCAUAUGAUGGCAAAAAAAUCUCUUUAUUCCAAGCCAUGCAAAAAAAUCUCAUCGUAAAAGACCAUGGAAUUCGACUCCUGGAGGCGCAAAUUGCCACUGGUGGGAUCAUUGACCCAGUCAACAGCCAUCGCAUUCCUGUCCAUGUGGCCUAUAAGAGGGGAUACUUUAAUGAGGAAAUGAAUCAGAUCCUAAAUGAUCCAAGCGAUGACACCAAAGGAUUCUUUGACCCCAACAACCAUGAGAACCUAACAUACUUGCAGCUCAUGGCCAGAUGUGUCACAGAUCCCGUUACAGGCCUGUGCCUUUUGCCACUCAAAAGCAAAAGUAACAAAGUUAACAUAGAUAACAAUAUUAGAGAAACGUUCAAAUCAGCAACAGUUACUGUUAAGUAUGGCAGGUUCAAGGGCAAGCACACAACACUGUGGGAUCUUAUAAAUUCAGAGUAUCUGUCUGAGGACAAAAGACAGGAGCUUUUCAAGCUAUUCAAGUCAAGAAAAAUCACAAUUGAGCAACUCAUUGUCACCAUUACAGAGAUCAUUGAGAGUAAGGAGAUAAAACAGCAAGCAGGGCUGAACUUUGAAGGUCUCAGAGGAGAGAUCUCUGUUGUGGAUCUUUUGGAGCUUGAAAUUGUGGAUGAAAAAACAUACAACAGUUUGAUCGAUGGAAACAUGACAAGCACUGAUGUGAUGAAAAUGGACAGUGUGAGAGCAUACCUACAAGGGAAAAGUUGUGUGGCUGGGGUCAUACUGCAACCCUCCAAUCAGAAGCUAAGCAUCAAAGAGGCACAGCACAUUGGCAUUCUCACACCUGGCACUGCCCUUUGCCUCCUUGAAGCACAAGCAGCCACUGGAUUCAUUGUUGAUCCUGUGAAAAACAAAAAACUUACGGUGGAACAAGCUCUAAAAGAAAAAGUAAUUGGUCCACAGAUGUAUGAAAAGCUUCUAUCUGCAGAGAGGGCUGUUACUGGUUAUACAGACCCAUACAGCGGUCAAAAGAUCUCACUGUUCCAAGCCUUGAGAAAAGAUCUAAUUGUCAAGCAGCAUGGCAUCCGUUUACUUGAGGCCCAGAUUGCUACAGGUGGCAUCAUUGAUCCCUUGAAGUGUCUUCACUUACCCCUUGAGGUUGCUUACAGGAAAGGAUAUUUUGAUGCAGAACUUAAUCAAAUCCUAUCAGACCCAACUGAUGACACAAAGGGCUUUUUUGACCCCAGUACACAAGAAAAUCUGACAUACAUGGAGAUGUUGGGUAGAUGUGUAAAAGAUAAGGAAACAGGACUGUUUCUCCUGCCACUGAACGACACAGCCAAAGCUAUGGGAACAAAGGUAAAAAUAUAUACUGACACACAGAUAAAGCAAGAGUUUGAAAAGACAGCUGUGAGCACAUCAGUAGGACGCUACUCAGGAAAAUCUGUUUCUCUGUGGGACUUGAUUCACUCUGGGUACUUCACUGAAGAUCAGCGUCUUGAAUUAAUUGAAAAAUACAGAGCAAGGAAGAUUAGCACAGAAACCAUAAUCACAAUAGUGAUUACCACCAUUGAAAAACUGGAGAAGAUUGAAACUCCCAAAAUGAUAAUGGGCCUGCGAAAACCUGUCUCGUCACAGCAACUACUGGAUUCUAAUAUCAUUGAUGCAAACAUUUUCAAACAAGUGAAAGAAGGAAAACUCUCUUUUGAAGCAGUAACCCAACAUGAACCUGUGAGUGGAUACCUAAAGGGAACAGGAAGCAUUGCUGGAAUUAAAGUUCAUCCAUCCCAGAAAGUAAUGAGCAUAUAUGAAGCAAAAACAGAAGAUCUGUUGACACCUGGGAUUGCACUUGUACUGCUUGAAGCGCAGGCUGCAACAGGAUGGGUCAUUGAUCCUCUAAAAAACAAGUUCUAUGCCGUUGAUGAAGCAGCUCGAGAGAAAGUAAUUGGACCAGAUGUACUUGAGCAACUUCUCUCAGCUGAACGAGCUGUCGUCGGCUAUAAAGAUCCAUACACAGAUGCAACAAUAUCACUGUUUGAAGCCAUGAAUAAACAGCUGGUUCAAAGAAGUGACGGCAUUCGUCUUCUUGAGGCACAGAUAGCCACUGGAGGAAUAAUUGACCCAAAUCAAAGUCACAGGUUACCAGUUGAUGUUGCUAUUAAAAAGGGGUGUCUGGAUGGAGAAAUGAGCAAAAUUCUGUUGAACCCCACUGACGAUGCAAAGGGAUUCUUUGACCCAAACACCAAAGAAAACCUCUCCUACCUUCAGCUCAUAAAGCGAUGUGAAAAAGAUCCUAAAACUGGGCUACUUCUUCUACCCUUGUAUGAAAAGGACUCCCAUGUAUUUCACACAGAUGAGAAAAUAGAGCUUGCAUUCAAAAACAAAACUAUUGCCAUGAAUGCAGGAAAAUUUAAAAACAAACAGGUCACACUGUGGGAAGUGUUGCUCUCUCAAUACAUAUCAGAACAAAAAAGGCAGCAGCUCAUACAACAAUACAAGACAGGAGCCAUAAAAAUAGAGGAGAUCAUUGAAAUACUCACCAGUAUCAUUACAGAGGUAUCAUCCAAAGAAAGAAAGUUCAAAGGACUAAGAAAGCAGGUCUCAGCCAGUGAGUUGUAUGAGUCAAAGAUCAUCUCAAAGGAGCUUUUCACACAGAUUAUACAAGGAGAUGUAACCGAAGAGAAUGUCAACACAAUGGAAUCAAUUCAAAAGUACCUUGGAGCAACAAACUGUAUAGCAGGUGUCAGAGUGGAAUCUACAAAGAAAGUUAUGAGCAUCUAUGAAGCCAAAAGCAAGGGACUGCUGACUCGUGGUACUUCUCUGGUUCUGCUGGAGGCCCAAGCUGCCACUGGCUUUGUCAUUGACCCGGUGAACAACAAGAAACUUUCUGUCGAGGAAGCUGUAGCUCAAAGAGUGGUUGGCAGUGAGUGGAAAAAUAAACUGCUCUCAGCAGAAAGAGCAGUGACUGGAUACAAAGAUCCCUACACUGGAGACACAAUUUCUUUGUUCCAGGCCUUGAAAAAAGAUCUCAUUGUGAAAGAUCAUGGAAUUCGCCUUCUUGAAGCUCAAAUUGCCACAGGAGGCAUAAUUGACCCAGUUCACAGCCACAGAGUACCUGUACAAGUGGCAUACCAAAGAGGUUAUUUUGAUGAGGAAAUGAAUCAGAUUCUGUCUGACCCUGAUGAUGACACCAAAGGAUUCUUUGAUCCCAACACUCAAGAGAACCUCACCUAUCUCCAGCUGGUUGAGAGGUGUGUCACAGAUCCUAUCACAGGCCUUAACUUACUAUCCAUUGUAAAAAAAGGCGAGUAUUAUUUCUUUGUUGAUGAGGCAACAAAACACAUUCUGAAAUCUAAAACAACAACCAGAGCAGGAGGGAAAUACCAAGGGACAACAGUGUCUCUGUGGGAUCUGCUUUACUCCAAGUACAUCACUGAGGAGAAGAGGAGAGAGCUUGUGCAACAGUACAAGACUGGAUCAAUCACAAUCGAACGCUUUUUGGAGAUCAUCCUAACAAUCAUUCAGCAGCAGACCACAACAACAUCAUCAUCAUCGUCAACAACCAAAAGCCAAAUACCAGAAACAAAAGUGGACAGUAGCACAACAAAAACUACUGUGACCACUACAAUCACAGAGACAAGUCAAGUUGAAAACUUCCAUGGAAUCAGAAAGGAUGUUAGUGCUACUGAGUUGCUGGAAUCAAAAAUCAUUGAUGAGGACCUCUACAAAAAUCUUAGAGCUGGAAAGGUCACAGUGACAGAAGUAAGUAAAAUGAAUUCAGUACGUAAGUAUUUAGAGGGAACUAACAGCAUUGCAGGGGUUUACCUUCAGUCCACAAAACAGACCUUAACCAUCUAUGAAGCCAAAAGCAAAGGCCUGCUGACCCCUGGUACUUCUCUGGUUCUGCUGGAGGCCCAAGCUGCCACUGGCUUUGUCAUUGACCCGGUGAACAACAAGAAACUUUCUGUCGAGGAAGCUGUAGCUCAAAGACUGGUUGGCAGUGAGUGGAAAAAUAAACUGCUUUCAGCAGAAAGAGCAGUGACUGGAUACAAAGAUCCCUACACUGGAAACACAAUUUCUUUGUUCCAGGCCUUGAAAAAAGAUCUAAUUGUGAAAGAUCAUGGAAUUCGUCUCCUUGAAGCACAAAUUGCCACAGGAGGCAUAAUUGACCCUGUUCACAGUCACAGAGUACCUGUACAGGUGGCAUACCAAAGAGGUUAUUUUGAUGAGGAAAUGAAUCAGAUUCUGUCUGACCCUGAUGAUGACACCAAAGGAUUCUUUGAUCCCAACACUCAAGAGAACCUCACCUAUCUCCAGCUGGUUGAGAGGUGUAUCACAGAUCCCAUCACAGGCCUGAGUUUGCUGGUCAUUGUUAAGAAAGGAGAGUUUUAUUUCUUUGUUGAUGAGGCCACAAAACGCAUUCUGAAAUCCAAAACAACAACCAAAGCAGGAGGGAAGUACCAAGGAACAACAGUGUCUCUGUGGGAUCUGCUUUACUCCAAGUACAUCACUGAGGAGAAGAGGAGAGAGCUUGUGCAACAGUACAAGUCUGGAUCAAUCACAAUCGAACGCUUUUUGGAGAUCAUCCUAACAAUCAUUCAGCAGCAGACCACAACAACAUCAUCAUCGUCGUCAACAACCAAAAGCCAAAUACCAGAAACAAAAGUGGACAGUAGCACAACAAAAGCUACUGUGACCACUACAAUCACAGAGACAAGUCAAGUUGAAAACUUCCAUGGAAUCAGAAAGGAUGUUAGUGCUACUGAGUUGCUGGAAUCAAAAAUCAUUGAUGAGGACCUCUACAAAGAUCUUAGAGCUGGAAAGGUCACAGUGACGGAAGUAAGUAAAAUGAAUUCAGUACGUAAGUACUUAGAGGGAACUAACAGCAUUGCAGGGGUUUACCUUCAGUCCACAAAAGAAACCCUAACCAUCUAUGAAGCCAAAAGCAAAGGCCUGCUGACUCCUGGUACUUCUCUGGUUCUGCUGGAGGCCCAAGCUGCCACUGGCUUUGUCAUUGACCCGGUGAACAACAAGAAACUUUCUGUCGAGGAUGCUGUAGCUCAAAGAGUGGUUGGCAGUGAAUGGAAAAAUAAACUGCUUUCAGCAGAAAGAGCAGUGACUGGAUACAAAGAUCCCUACACUGGAAACACAAUUUCUUUGUUCCAGGCCUUGAAAAAAGAUCUCAUUGUGAAAGAUCAUGGAAUUCGUCUCCUUGAAGCUCAAAUUGCCACAGGAGGCAUAAUUGACCCUGUUCACAGUCACAGAGUACCUGUACAGGUGGCAUACCAAAGAGGUUAUUUUGAUGAGGAAAUGAAUCAGAUUCUGUCUGACCCUGAUGAUGACACCAAAGGAUUCUUUGAUCCCAACACUCAAGAGAACCUCACCUAUCUCCAGCUGGUUGAGAGGUGUGUCACAGAUCCCAUCACAGGCCUGAGUUUGCUGGUCAUUGUGAAGAAAGGCGAGUUUUAUUUCUUUGUUGAUGAGGCCACAAAACGCAUUCUGAAAUCCAAAACAACAACCAAAGCAGGAGGGAAGUACCAAGGAACAACAGUGUCUCUGUGGGAUCUGCUUUACUCCAAGUACAUCACUGAGGAGAAGAGGAGAGAGCUUGUGCAACAGUACAAGUCUGGAUCAAUCACAAUCGAACGCUUUUUGGAGAUCAUCCUAACAAUCAUUCAGCAGCAGACCACAACAACAUCAUCAUCGUCGUCAACAACCAAAAGCCAAAUACCAGAAACAAAAGUGGACAGUAGCACAACAAAAACUACUGUGACCACUACAAUCACAGAGACAAGUCAAGUUGAAAACUUCCAUGGAAUCAGAAAGGAUGUUACUGCUACUGAGUUGCUGGAAUCAAAAAUCAUUGAUGAGGACCUCUACAAAGAUCUUAGAGCUGGAAAGGUCACAGUGACGGAAGUAAGUAAAAUGAACUCAGUACGUAAGUAUUUAGAGGGAACUAACAGCAUUGCAGGGGUUUACCUUCAGUCCACAAAACAGACCCUAACCAUCUAUGAAGCCAAAAGCAAAGGCCUGCUGACCCCUGGUACUUCUCUGGUUCUGCUGGAGGCCCAAGCUGCCACUGGCUUUGUCAUUGACCCGGUGAACAACAAGAAACUUUCUGUCGAGGAAGCUGUAGCUCAAAGACUGGUUGGCAGUGAGUGGAAAAAUAAACUGCUUUCAGCAGAAAGAGCAGUGACUGGAUACAAAGAUCCCUACACUGGAGACACAAUUUCUUUGUUCCAGGCCUUGAAAAAAGAUCUAAUUGUGAAAGAUCAUGGAAUUCGUCUCCUUGAAGCACAAAUUGCCACAGGAGGCAUAAUUGACCCUGUUCAUAGUCACAGAGUACCUGUACAGGUGGCAUACCAAAGAGGUUAUUUUGAUGAGGAAAUGAAUCAGAUUCUGUCUGACCCUGAUGAUGACACCAAAGGAUUCUUUGAUCCCAACACUCAAGAGAACCUCACCUAUCUCCAGCUGGUUGAGAGGUGUGUCACAGAUCCCAUCACAGGCCUGAGUUUGCUGGUCAUUGUGAAGAAAGGCGAGUUUUAUUUCUUUGUUGAUGAGGCCACAAAACGCAUUCUGAAAUCCAAAACAACAACCAAAGCAGGAGGGAAGUACCAAGGAACAACAGUGUCUCUGUGGGAUCUGCUUUACUCCAAGUACAUCACUGAGGAGAAGAGGAGAGAGCUUGUGCAACAGUACAAGUCUGGAUCAAUCACAAUCGAACGCUUUUUGGAGAUCAUCCUAACAAUCGUUCAGCAGCAGACCACAACAACAUCAUCAUCAUCAACCACCAAAAGCCAAAUACCAGAAACAAAAGUGGACAGUAGCACAAGAAAAGCUACUGUGACCACUACAAUCACAGAGACAAGUCAAGUUGAAAACUUCCAUGGAAUCAGAAAGGAUGUUAGUGCUACUGAGUUGCUGGAAUCAAAAAUCAUUGAUGAGGACCUCUACAAAAAUCUUAGAGCUGGAAAAGUCACAGUGACAGAAGUAAGUAAAAUGAACUCAGUACGUAAAUACUUAGAGGGAACUAACAGCAUUGCAGGGGUUUACCUUCAGUCCACAAAAGAAACCCUAACCAUCUAUGAAGCCAAAAGCAAAGGCCUGCUGACCCCUGGUACUUCUCUGGUUCUGCUGGAGGCCCAAGCUGCCACUGGCUUUGUCAUUGACCCGGUGAACAACAAGAAACUUUCUGUCGAGGAAGCUGUAGCUCAAAGACUGGUUGGCAGUGAGUGGAAAAAUAAACUGCUUUCAGCAGAAAGAGCAGUGACUGGAUACAAAGAUCCCUACACUGGAGACACAAUUUCUUUGUUCCAGGCCUUGAAAAAAGAUCUAAUUGUGAAAGAUCAUGGAAUUCGUCUCCUUGAAGCACAAAUUGCCACAGGAGGCAUAAUUGACCCUGUUCAUAGUCACAGAGUACCUGUACAGGUGGCAUACCAAAGAGGUUAUUUUGAUGAGGAAAUGAAUCAGAUUCUGUCUGACCCUGAUGAUGACACCAAAGGAUUCUUUGAUCCCAACACUCAAGAGAACCUCACCUAUCUCCAGCUGGUUGAGAGGUGUAUCACAGAUCCCAUCACAGGCCUGAGUUUGCUGGUCAUUGUUAAGAAAGGAGAGUUUUAUUUCUUUGUUGAUGAGGCCACAAAACGCAUUCUGAAAUCCAAAACAACAACCAAAGCAGGAGGGAAGUACCAAGGAACAACAGUGUCUCUGUGGGAUCUGCUUUACUCCAAGUACAUCACUGAGGAGAAGAGGAGAGAGCUUGUGCAACAGUACAAGUCUGGAUCAAUCACAAUCGAACGCUUUUUGGAGAUCAUCCUAACAAUCGUUCAGCAGCAGACCACAACAACAUCAUCAUCAUCAACCACCAAAAGCCAAAUACCAGAAACAAAAGUGGACAGUAGCACAACAAAAACUACUGUGACCACUACAAUCACAGAGACAAGUCAAGUUGAAAACUUCCAUGGAAUCAGAAAGGAUGUUACUGCUACUGAGUUGCUGGAAUCAAAAAUCAUUGAUGAGGACCUCUACAAAGAUCUUAGAGCUGGAAAGGUCACAGUGACGGAAGUAAGUAAAAUGAACUCAGUACGUAAGUAUUUAGAGGGAACUAACAGCAUUGCAGGGGUUUACCUUCAGUCCACAAAACAGACCCUAACCAUCUAUGAAGCCAAAAGCAAAGGCCUGCUGACCCCUGGUACUUCUCUGGUUCUGCUGGAGGCCCAAGCUGCCACUGGCUUUGUCAUUGACCCGGUGAACAACAAGAAACUUUCUGUCGAGGAAGCUGUAGCUCAAAGACUGGUUGGCAGUGAGUGGAAAAAUAAACUGCUUUCAGCAGAAAGAGCAGUGACUGGAUACAAAGAUCCCUACACUGGAGACACAAUUUCUUUGUUCCAGGCCUUGAAAAAAGAUCUAAUUGUGAAAGAUCAUGGAAUUCGUCUCCUUGAAGCACAAAUUGCCACAGGAGGCAUAAUUGACCCUGUUCAUAGUCACAGAGUACCUGUACAGGUGGCAUACCAAAGAGGUUAUUUUGAUGAGGAAAUGAAUCAGAUUCUGUCUGACCCUGAUGAUGACACCAAAGGAUUCUUUGAUCCCAACACUCAAGAGAACCUCACCUAUCUCCAGCUGGUUGAGAGGUGUGUCACAGAUCCCAUCACAGGCCUGAGUUUGCUGGUCAUUGUGAAGAAAGGCGAGUUUUAUUUCUUUGUUGAUGAGGCCACAAAACGCAUUCUGAAAUCCAAAACAACAACCAAAGCAGGAGGGAAGUACCAAGGAACAACAGUGUCUCUGUGGGAUCUGCUUUACUCCAAGUACAUCACUGAGGAGAAGAGGAGAGAGCUUGUGCAACAGUACAAGUCUGGAUCAAUCACAAUCGAACGCUUUUUGGAGAUCAUCCUAACAAUCGUUCAGCAGCAGACCACAACAACAUCAUCAUCAUCAACCACCAAAAGCCAAAUACCAGAAACAAAAGUGGACAGUAGCACAAGAAAAGCUACUGUGACCACUACAAUCACAGAGACAAGUCAAGUUGAAAACUUCCAUGGAAUCAGAAAGGAUGUUAGUGCUACUGAGUUGCUGGAAUCAAAAAUCAUUGAUGAGGACCUCUACAAAAAUCUUAGAGCUGGAAAAGUCACAGUGACAGAAGUAAGUAAAAUGAACUCAGUACGUAAAUACUUAGAGGGAACUAACAGCAUUGCAGGGGUUUACCUUCAGUCCACAAAAGAAACCCUAACCAUCUAUGAAGCCAAAAGCAAAGGCCUGCUGACCCCUGGUACUUCUCUGGUUCUGCUGGAGGCCCAAGCUGCCACUGGCUUUGUCAUUGACCCGGUGAACAACAAGAAACUUUCUGUCGAGGAAGCUGUAGCUCAAAGACUGGUUGGCAGUGAGUGGAAAAAUAAACUGCUUUCAGCAGAAAGAGCAGUGACUGGAUACAAAGAUCCCUACACUGGAGACACAAUUUCUUUGUUCCAGGCCUUGAAAAAAGAUCUCAUUGUGAAAGAUCAUGGAAUUCGUCUCCUUGAAGCACAAAUUGCCACAGGAGGCAUAAUUGACCCUGUUCACAGUCACAGAGUACCUGUACAGGUGGCAUACCAAAGAGGUUAUUUUGAUGAGGAAAUGAAUCAGAUUCUGUCUGACCCUGAUGAUGACACCAAAGGAUUCUUUGAUCCCAACACUCAAGAGAACCUCACCUAUCUCCAGCUGGUUGAGAGGUGUGUCACAGAUCCCAUCACAGGCCUGAGUUUGCUGGUCAUUGUUAAGAAAGGAGAGUUUUAUUUCUUUGUUGAUGAGGCCACAAAACGCAUUCUGAAAUCCAAAACAACAACCAAAGCAGGAGGGAAGUACCAAGGCACAACAGUGUCUCUGUGGGAUCUGCUUUACUCCAAGUACAUCACUGAGGAGAAGAGGAGAGAGCUUGUGCAACAGUACAAGACUGGAUCAAUCACAAUCGAACGCUUUUUGGAGAUCAUCCUAACAAUCAUUCAGCAGCAGACCACAACAACAUCAUCAUCGUCGUCAACAACCAAAAGCCAAAUACCAGAAACAAAAGUGGACAGUAGCACAACAAAAACUACUGUGACCACUACAAUCACAGAGACAAGUCAAGUUGAAAACUUCCAUGGAAUCAGAAAGGAUGUUAGUGCUACUGAGUUGCUGGAAUCAAAAAUCAUUGAUGAGGACCUCUACAAAAAUCUUAGAGCUGGAAAAGUCACAGUGACGGAAGUAAGUAAAAUGAAUUCAGUACGUAAGUACUUAGAGGGAACUAACAGCAUUGCAGGGGUUUACCUUCAGUCCACAAAACAGACCCUAACCAUCUAUGAAGCCAAAAGCAAAGGCCUGCUGACCCCUGGUACUUCUCUGGUUCUGCUGGAGGCCCAAGCUGCCACUGGCUUUGUCAUUGACCCGGUGAACAACAAGAAAUUUUCCGUCGAGGAAGCUGUAGCUCAAAGAGUGGUUGGCAGUGAGUGGAAAAAUAAACUGCUUUCAGCAGAAAGAGCAGUGACUGGAUACAAAGAUCCCUACACUGGAAACACAAUUUCUUUGUUCCAGGCCUUGAAAAAAGAUCUAAUUGUGAAAGAUCAUGGAAUUCGUCUCCUUGAAGCACAAAUUGCCACAGGAGGCAUAAUUGACCCUGUUCACAGUCACAGAGUACCUGUACAGGUGGCAUACCAAAGAGGUUAUUUUGAUGAGGAAAUGAAUCAGAUUCUGUCUGACCCUGAUGAUGACACCAAAGGAUUCUUUGAUCCCAACACUCAAGAGAACCUCACCUAUCUCCAGCUGGUUGAGAGGUGUGUCACAGAUCCCAUCACAGGCCUGAGUUUGCUGCCUUUGCACAAGUGAAGGAAAGAAACCAUUUCUACAAGCAUUUACUUUUAUGUCUUGCUUUCAUUAUUAGUUUUAUUUUCUCUUUCAGUUACAAAAUAUUUUACAUCUCUUUUUAAAUGCAUUUUCGGUCGUCUUUAAAAACCUGGAGAGAAAGGCCUUUAUACUGUAUUGUGUUGAAUAAUGUCAGUUAUUUGUGGUUGAAAAAGAGAACAAGGAAUGGAUUACAGAAAAUGUUCUAUGCUAUAAAUGAAGAGGUGAUUAGUUUUUUUGUUACAAAACAAGGGCUGUGGCACUGAUACACCAAAUUAGAAUUCAGCCUUUAUUUAAACAGUUUUCAGUUUGCAUUUAUGAUACUUCUUCUCACCGUUUUAACACCAUUUGUGGGAUCUAUGAAUUUGAUUGUUUUUUCACUACUUUAACUAUGUGGGAUUCAGCUGCGCCUAUUAUUACCUUGCCUUUAGAAGCUGGACGUAUGUCAUGUAAGACAUAACAUUUGGGCAAAAGCUUUUCUUACUGAAUUGUGCUUUCUGUUAAGUCAAAUGUGAGUCUAGUGGAUCUAGUUUUGUUGUGCCUGCUUUGACCUCACACGCAAGCCUGACAUGCACUAAUUGGUCUGUUUUACUGUAAAUUCUUUCUUGCUCAAACUGCUUCACUGUGUGGCCGAAUAAAUAAGUGAGAUGUGUAUACUAUA